AUGGCUUCACUACCCUACCUCCGCCAAACAAUCCGUACCUUCACCAUCUCUCUCCCAUCCAAAUUGAGUACUUCAUCGCGAGUAGCACUAUCAGCAGCAUUCUCGACGUCCUCUAUUCAGCGGGCAUUGAAAGAAAAUGAUCGCGAUGACGAAAACCUCCUCAAUGCAUACGAAUCCUUCAACAACGAGACUCUCAAGGCCGCCAAAUCCAAAAAGCCGCACUGGAUAGAACGGCUUGCGAGCGAGAGCGAGGCAGACAUAAAGGCUGAUAGAGGAGAGACGUUGGGUCCAAAAGUUGAUGAUAUUGUUGAGAGGGCGAAGGAGGAGGAGGCAGCGGAGGCGGAGUUGAAGAAGAAGCAGAAGAAAUGA